AAUCUUGUGAUUGAGAUGCACUUAAAUCCAGCCCUUCCGCUGGUAAUCCCUGCCACAGACAAUAAACAGAGGCGCGUCUCUCCUGCUGUCCUCUCUCGUCAGGACUCCCGUGAUCAAAUUCAGCCUUUCCACUGUAUUUCCUCCCCUACACACGCAACUCACGAACAUCCUCUGCAUCUCAGGACUUUGUCCUUUGUCAUCCUCCGGCGGUGGCAAAGCAGAGGUGCUGGUGUUUAUCCUCCAGGGCUGGAGUACAGUGACGUGCUGCCCGACUCCUUCCCCUCGGCGCCGGCGGAGACCCUCCCUCACUUCCUGCUGGAGCCGCAGGACGCCUACAUCGUGAAGAACAAGCCGGUGGAGCUCGUGUGCCGUGCCAACCCAGCCACCCAGAUCUACUUCAAAUGCAACGGGGAGUGGGUCAACCAGAACGACCACGUCACCAAGGAGAGCCUGGACGAGGUCACCGGGCUGCUGGUGCGGGAGGUGCAGAUCGAGGUGUCCCGGCAGCAGGUGGAGGAGCUCUUUGGCUUAGAAGAUUACUGGUGUCAGUGCGUGGCCUGGAGCUCGGCGGGCACCACGAAGAGCCGCCGCGCGUACGUCCGCAUCGCAUAUCUCCGGAAGAACUUUGACCAGGAACCACUGGGCAAGGAGGUCCCGCUGGAGCAGGAGGUCCUGUUGCAGUGCCGCCCGCCCGAGGGGGUGCCGCAGGCAGAGGUGGAGUGGCUGAGGAACGAGGAUGUCAUUGAUCCUACCCAGGACACCAACUUCCUGAUCACCAUCGAUCACAACCUCAUCAUCAAGCAAGCUCGGCUCUUGGACACUGCUAAUUACACUUGCAUGGCCAAGAACAUCGUGGCCAAGCGCAGGAGCACCACAGCUGCUGUCAUCGUCUACGUGAAUGGUGGCUGGUCCACCUGGUCCGAGUGGUCUCCUUGCAACAACCGCUGUGGCCGGGGCUGGCAGAAGCGCACCCGGACAUGCACCAACCCUGCGCCACUCAACGGUGGUUCCUUCUGUGAUGGGCAGCCUUUCCAGAAGAUCACCUGCACCACCCUCUGCCCAGUGGACGGCGCCUGGACGGAGUGGAGCAAGUGGUCAGCAUGCAGCACGGAGUGCACCCACUGGCGCAGCCGCGAGUGCGCCGCCCCGGCGCCCCGCAACGGUGGCAAGGACUGCAGCGGGGUGCUGCUCGACUCCAAAAACUGCACCGACGGGCUCUGCCUGCAGAAUAAAAGAGUUCUAAGCGAACCCAAAAGCCACCUGCUGGAGGCCACAGGUGACGUGGCCCUAUACGCCGGGCUGGUGGUGGCCAUUUUUGUGUUCAUUGUGAUCCUCAUGGCCGUGGGGGUGGUGGUGUACCGGAGGAGACGCCGCGAUUUCGACACAGACAUCACAGACUCCUCAGCCGCUCUGACUGGAGGCUUCCACCCCGUCAACUUCAAGACCUCCCGGCAUGACAACCCACAGCUGCUGCACCCCUCGAUGCAGCCGGACCUGACAGCCAGCGCUGGGGUGUACCGUGGCCCCAUGUACGCCCUGCAGGACUCCUCUGACAAGAUCCCCAUGACCAACUCCCCCCUUCUCGACCCUCUCCCCAACCUCAAGAUCAAGGUGUACAACUCCUCCACCACCUCCUCCUCACCGGGGCUCCACGAUGGAACAGACCUUCUCGGCGGGGUCCCCACCACUGGCACCUACCCGGGGGACAACACCAGGGACAGCCACUUUGCGAAUGUGCGGAGCAAAGGCCUGGGCUCCCAGCACCUUCUCAGCUUGCCCCGGGAGCACAGCUACAGUGCCAGCGGCACGUUUGGCUACCUGGGUGGGCGGCUCACCAUCCCAGGCACUGGGGUGAGCCUGCUGGUGCCUCACGGGGCCAUCCCCCAGGGGAAGUUCUACGAGAUGUACCUGGUCCUCAACAAGGCAGAGAGCGCCCUCCUACCUUCCGAAGGCACUCAGACAGUGCUGAGCCCAACGGUGAGCUGUGGACCCACUGGCUUGCUCCUGUGCCGCCCUGUCGUCCUGACCAUUCCCCACUGUGCAGAUGUCGCCUCCUCAGAUUGGAUUUACCAACUGAAAACACAGUCCCACCAGGGAAACUGGGAGGAGGUGGUGACCUUGGAUGAGGAGACCCUCAACACUCCCUGCUACUGCCAGCUAGAAGCCAAGUCCUGCCACGUUUUGCUAGACCAGCUUGGCACCUACGUCUUUGUAGGAGAGUCCUACUCCAGGUCAGCCAUCAAGAGGCUCCAGCUGGCCAUCUUUGCCCCCACCGUUUGCACCUCUUUGGAGUACAGCCUCAAGGUCUACUGCUUGGAGGACACGCCAGAUGCUCUGAAGGAGGUGCUGGAGCUGGAGCGGACGCUGGGCGGGUACCUGCUGGAGGAGCCCAAGCCCCUGCCCUUCAAGGACAGCUACCACAACCUGCGCCUCUCCAUCCACGACAUCCCCCAUGCUCUCUGGAGGAGCAAGCUGCUGGCCAAGUACCAGGAAAUCCCUUUCUAUCAUAUCUGGAGCGGCAGCCAGCGAGCCCUGCACUGCACCUUCACGCUGGAGAGGUACAGCCAGGCUUCCACUGAGCUCACCUGCAAGAUCUGCGUCCGGCAGGUGGAAGGGGAAGGGCAGAUCUUCCAGCUCCAUGUCACGCUGGGAGAGCAUGCCAGCUCCUUUGACACCCUCCACUCCCACCAUAGUGGCACCACCACCACCACCCAGCUGGGACCCUAUGCCUUCAAAAUCCCCCUCUCCAUCCGGCAGAAGAUCUGCAACAGCCUGGAUGCCCCCAACUCCAGAGGAAAUGACUGGAGGCUUCUCGCCCAGAAGCUCUCCAUGGACCGGUAUCUGAACUACUUUGCCACCAAAGCCAGCCCCACCGGGGUGCUCCUGGACUUAUGGGAAGCCCAGCACCAAGACGACGGUGACCUCAACACCUUGGCCAGUGCCUUAGAAGAGAUGGGCAAGAGUGAGAUGCUGGUGGUCAUGGCCACGGAGGGGGAUUGCUGAUGGCGCUCGCCGGCGGGCCAGAACGACUUUUACAAGCAAUUCAAGUGUUACCCAGCAUUCCUCUUCCUCCUCUUCUUCCUCCUGGCCGGCCUCAGGGCGGCAGCUGGUGGUGUUUGCGGCAUGGGGAGGAAUUAAGGCUUCUUGAGUUGGGACAGGGGUUUUCCUUCUCCUCCUUGGUUUGGGUUCCUCUCCGGUUCUCCUCUUCCUUUAAUAGCAUUUCUGCAUUGAAGAGAUGAGUACAAUCUAGGUGAGCGGCUUCUGUCCAGAGCUUCAGAGAGCUUAAUAAGGCAAAUCAGAAAGGAAAAAAAAAAAAAAGAGAAAAAAGGAAAAACAAAGUUUCUUAGGAAACGCAAAUAAUUUAUUAUCCAGAUCUUUGGAUGAGUCCUUUUUAAAAAAAGAAAAAAGAAAAAAAAGACAGAUUUCUAAACCUUUUUUUUGUGCGUGCAAGAGCAAGAGUGUUGCUGUGGUCAGGGUGGCAGAGAGAGAGAUUUAAAUGGACGCCCUUUCGUAGGGAAAGGUGUGUGAUCCGCGUCGAGCAAAACAUGUUUACAUGUCCUGGGACCCCCAGGGACAGUCCGUGGGGUGAAGUGCCUCUGCGCCCCUCUGGCCCAGGGCCAGCUGAGGCCCUCCCCAGGACAUUGUCCUUCAAACACCCCUUUGGCGGCAGCGCCCGGCGGAGCAAGGGGUCCCCUCCGCCCACAUGGAGGGAUGAAGGAUGCUGCGUUCAGGGCUCGGCGUGGGGAGUACGCCCAGGUCUGGGGUUUUUUAAUUGAAUUCUUCCCUGGCAUCGUUUGGGGGAGUUUUUUAGGAUGGCUAUGCCUUCAUUUACAUAACUUCAGUACAAACCAAAGAUUUCAGAGGGAGGCGAUGAGCGGUUUGUGGAGGGUCCGGGGGGAGCAGAGGGCUGGCGGGAUGGGGUGCUGCCCCUUGCAGACCACAUCGGUCUUGGAUCCACGUGUUUGUGCCCAGUUUUUGAUGCGGGAUUUCAAUGGGAAUUCAGACCUCGCUAUCUCCAAGCUGCAAGCCAGGCUGAGCAUUUUCACGUGAGGGACAGCAUUGUAAGUGGUGAUCAGGUUUCCAUCCUCUCAUUGCAGCUCCUUUUUUUGACCUGUAAUAAGAGUUCUUUAUAAUGAUGGACAAGUUGUAGGAUGAACGGAAGGUCAUCAAGGGGUAGGUAGGAACAAGGUUCCUCACAAAGAUAUGGUGUCUCAAUGAAGGGUAAAAUUUAGAUUACCUGCAGAUAGAAAUAGUGCUAUAUCUUAGAAAUUUGUCUGUUUAAAAAAAAAACUAGGAAUGGGAUGGUGAGCUCAGGAUUAGACUAGAUGACAUUGCAAAGCUGUGGGUUCUCCAUCUGUGAAAGCAUUUAAGAGCAGGGUCUGAGAGCAAGUCCUGCUUUGGGCUGCAGCAUGAAGCCCUGGACCGGUGUCCCGGGGUGCCAGCAGCAUCCUCCCGCAUCCUGCAGCAUCCCGGGGGCCGGAGCGAACUCAGGGAGCCCUGCCCUGAGCGACAGCAUCGCCUUUGCAGGAUGGCUCGGGGGCAACUUUCAGUAUUGCUUGGCCAUGGGUUUGGUUCUUCUUGGCGGCGGUUGAGAGUGCAGAGCCAUUCCCUGUUGUGUUUUGGGGUCUCCGGCACACAUUUCUUGCUGGGUUUUCAAGGCUGUGGGAGAAAAGGGACUUUUUUUCAUGUGUGUUAGGUGGGAAGACUUCUGGGUUAACUGCUGUGUCACGUAGGAAGAGUUUUAUCUAUCCCUUAGGCUGCAUUUGAGCAUCCGAUUUCUGAGACCCUGUCUCUGAGCUGGGGGGGCAGAGCAGGGAAUAGGCAAAUUUGGGAAAAAAUGAAGAACUGAUGUAUCAAAGCGGCUGCUGGCAUUUUAUAGGGCUCUGUUCUCGGUGCCACGGUCCCGAUGGUGGGACGAGAUGCUCUUCUUUCGGGCCACGUCUGAAUCUCUCUCGCUGUCUCUCUUGCUGUGUCUGGUUCGCGGGCCACUGUGCCGGCAUGCGUGCCUGUCUGUCCUUCCAUCCGUCCCACCUGCGGGCGCUUCUGCCUCCGUCCCCAUCCAUCCGCCUUCAUAUCCCCCUUCCUUUUGCCACCUGGAUCUGCCGAGGUGCGUGUUUGGGGGGGGGGGUUCUCCCCAUUUUUCAGGCAAUGUCCGUCUCUUAGUCCGCAAUCUGUUUCCAUAUUUAUAUGCCCAGGGGAUGGGCCUGGUGGCAUCCUCUAAAGCCCCAUCUGUCUAUUCUGUAAAGGACUGUAAAUAAAGUUUAGCAUUCCUAUUGUAACAAAUUAAUUUUUAUGCAAUAAAUUAUAUUUCCUAGUCUAAUAAAAAACAAUUUUAAAAAGAA